UCUCACAUUUUCCCCUCCAAUUCACAAUUCUCGAUUUCGAUCAAAACCCAUCAAAGAAAAAUCACCUUCGUGGGAUUUCAUCCAAUUUCUUUGAUCAAAUCCCCUAAAAACUCUGUCUUUUUCACUUUUACAUAAAAUCUCAAUUUUCCCAAAAUCUUGCAAAUAGAUUUAAUUAUUUUUUAUUUGGGAUAUUUGCAAGUAUGGAGGUGUCCGUGAUUGGGAGCUCACAGCUUAAUCUUGGAAGGAUUGAUAAUGGUGCGUUGUGCAAUCUUAGAAAAAAAUGGAAUUCUAACAUCUUGAAUUUCAAGAGUUAUUCAAAGGGAUGCAAUCUUGUUCAGAGCCGAAGAUUUUUAUGGCCUUCAAGAUCUGCAAUUCUUAGUCUUAGGGCAUCUUCUUCUGCUCAAAAUCAACCUCUUGUUUAUCAGAAAGCUUCAAACACUGCAACAAACACAACCAUCAACGGUACAAAGCUGUAUGUCGGCUUGCCACUUGACACCGUCUCCAGCUGCAACUCGAUCAACCAUGCUCGGGCCAUUGCUGCAGGGCUCAAGGCUCUGAAGUUGUUAGGGGUAGACGGUGUGGAGCUCCCGGUGUGGUGGGGUGUGGCUGAGCAAGCAAGGGGAAAGUACGAAUGGUCGAGCUACCUAGCCAUAGUCGAAAUGGUGAAAAGUUUAGAUCUCGAGCUUCAUGUAUCUCUUUGUUUCCAUGCGUCAAACGAUCCCAAGCUGCCUCUCCCAGAAUGGGUUUCCAUGAUUGGUGAAUCGGACCCGAGCAUUUACUUUACAGAUAAAUCGGGCCAGCAGUAUAAAGACUGUCUCUCAUUAGGUGUGGAUGAUGUUCCUGCUUUAGAUGGAAUGACUCCACUUGAAGUGUACAAGGAGUUCCUCGAGAGCUUCAAAUCCUCGUUUUCGCCUUUCAUGGGCUCCACGAUCACGGGCUUGACAAUUGGUCUCGGACCUGAUGGGGAACUGCGGUAUCCAUCCCAUCGGACAAUGAGUGCAAGUCUCGUUGGAGCCGGAGAGUUCCAAUGCUAUGACGUGAAUAUGCUCAGCCAGCUGAAGCAGCAUGCUGAAGCACAUGGGAACCCUCUGUGGGGGCUCGGUGGCCCCCACGAUGCCCCCGACUACUUCGAGUCUCCGAUGGCGAGAGGGUUCUUUGUGGAGAAUGGCGGGGCUUGGGAGAAUCAGUAUGGAGAUUUCUUUCUCUCUUGGUAUUCAAGCCAACUGUUAUCACACGGGGAUCGAGUUCUCUCUAUGGCUGCCUCAACCUUCAGUGACGACCCUGUCUCGUUGUCGGGGAAGAUCCCUCUGGUGCACUCGUGGAGCAAAGCGCGGUCUCACCCUUCGGAGUUGACAGCUGGAUUCUACAACACGGCGGGGAGAGACGGAUAUGGAGCCGUUGCUGAGAUGUUCUCGAGAUACUCGUGCCAGGUGAUACUGCCAGGCUUCGACCUGUCAGACGACCGGCAGCCAGCUGAGUCCUGGUCGAGCCCAGAAACCCUACUGGCAGUGAUGCAGGCUAGUUGCAGGAAGCACAAGACCGUUGUGUCCGGGCAGAACGCGUUGGCCUGUGGCGCCCCGAGGAGCUUCGAGCAGAUGAGCAAGAACUUGAUGGGCGAAAAUGCGGUGGCGAACUUGUUCACGUAUCAAAGGAUGGGAGCGGAGUUCUUCUCCCCGGAGCACUUCCCGCGCUUCACGCAGUUUGUACGUGGCCUCAAUGAGCCGGCCUCGCUGGCCGACGAUUUGCCUGUUGAAGAUGAGGAAAGUGCAGAAUCGCUCUCUGGUAUGAGUAUGCAGAUGCAGACGGCUUGAAUAUAGAAGUUGCUGUGUAUGUAAAUAUGAUAGUUGGAUUUUGCUCUGUGUUAAUCAAUGGAGGGCAGUAUAUAGAUAUUACAAGUAGAAACAAUAUUUUGUAAAACCCUUGAUAAAUCCGUUUUGAAAUUAUUUUUGGCUCA